GUCAUUUUCAAAAUCAAAGUCGUUCAGCUUCCUCUUUUUUGAGCCAGAUCCAACAAAUUACCCAAGAGUAACGCCUGCAACCAUGUCUCGCCGAUUCAUGACCUACGGUGGUAUUGCUGCUGUUGGUGGAGCCACCUACUAUCUCUACAGCGCCGGAGGUGACCCCAAGCUCGCGGAGAAGAAGAUUGAGCACGAUGCUGCCACUGCUGCGCGAAGGCUAAGAGGCGACUACCCUGGCCAGGACAAAGAAGCCAAGAAGGCCGCUGAAGAGAGCUACGAGGCAGUACGCGCCAGCGCACAGCGAUAUGCCGAGCAAGCCAAGGCCGAAGCAGGCAAACUUGAAGAGAAGCUUGAUGCCUACGGCGCCGAUGCAAAGAAACAGUAUGAGCAGGCCAAGGCACGGGCUGAACAAGAGCUGCACCAAGCCGGCAAGCAGGUCAAUGCUGCAGCGAACAAGUUUGAUGCUGCCGUCGAGGACAAGGCUGCAAAGGCAUCGGGCUGGUUUGGCGGAUGGUUUGGCGGAAGCAAGUAAGGCAAGUAAGCAAGGAUACAUAUGGGCUGUUAAUGUAUAGAUAUUAUGACAGGACUGAGCGGAAGCGUUCUCCUGAGAGUAUGCAUGCGCAUUGGAGUACCUGGGUGUCAGUCUUUUCGUCGUAAUGUAAUACCAUAGCAUAGCAUGAUAGUCAGAGACUGUUGCCUGCUCUCCAAUUGGUCUAGAC